AUGAGCUCAAUUCGUCGGGAGGAGCAUAUCGAUGCAGCCGUAUCUCAGCAUCGCUUGUCAAGGCGAGCUGCAGAAAAUUUUGCAUACCGAGAUGUCUGGGGUCCACGCGAAAAGUCCAUGGCCAAUCCCUGGUCACCAGAAAACCCCGAUGGGACCAUUAUACUUCGCCUCGCGGAGAAUAGCCUUCUGCAUGACGAGAUGGGGCAGUUGAUAAAGGAGCAGAUCACUGUCCUUCCCUUGAGUCACCUUACCUAUAGCACAGGCCCACGAGGAUCACGUCGUCUCCGGCGUGCCGCAGCUGCAUUUUUGAAUGAAGAGUUCCAUUCUCGUAAGACCAUUACGCAGGACAACAUUCUUAUCACACCUGGCUUGGCCAGCGCCAUUGACGCCUUAACCUGGGCCAUUUGCAACGACGGGGAUGGCAUUCUCGUGCCCCAACCAUAUUACAACGGAUUCGAUUUUGACACUUUGAAUCGAAGCAAUGGCCGGGUGAUUGGGGUUAAGUACGAAGGGGUGGAGGGAUUCUCGGACUUGGACGAUUUGUUCAGUCCGGAUGUAAACAGGCGGGCCCUGGAAGUCGCUCUUCGUGAAGCUAGAAAGAAGGGUAUAACCAUCCGUGCUCUUUUGAUCUCCAACCCACACAACCCCCUGGGACGAUGCUAUCCUCCGGAAACUCUUCUUGAAUUUGCCUCUUUCUGUGGUAGAAACAAAUUACAUUUCAUCUCCGAUGAGAUCUACGCAAAAUCAGUCUUCCCCAAUAUUGCGAUGCCGACCCCGACACCGUUCGUGUCCACACUCGCUCUUGACCUUCGCAAUGUCAUUGAGCCAAACCUCAUCCACGUACUUUACGGCGCAAGCAAAGACUUUUGCGCGAACGGAUUGCGCCUCGGGCUUGUGUGCACCAACAAUGAGGGGUUGAUUGGCGCAAUGUCUAGUAUUAGUAUGUUCUCUUGGUCACCCCAUGUCCUCCAGGAUGUCUGGGCAGCCAUGUUAGAGGACAAACCAAAACUGGAAGACUUUAUGUUCAGAAAGUGCGAACUCAUGGCAGAGAAUUAUCAUAUAGCCACGUCUUUCUUCCGGGAACGCGGUAUUAGCUACUACGAGAUGAAUGCUGGGCUCUUCAUCUGGGUCGAUCUACGACAUCUGCUCAUACCCAAAUCGUUGCGGCAACAGGCCGAUUAUAGGGAACUGAGAACUACGUCUCCUGACGCUAGCAUAUAUAGACAACGUGAGCAAGUCUUUGCAGAUAUAUGCGCUCAGAAUGGCCUUAUGAUUGCCCCCGGUAGUAUAUACGCGGCAGAAGAGUUUGGAUGGUUCCGGCUUACAUUUACGGUGGGGAAGAAUGCGUUAGAAGAAGGGCUGAAGCGUCUUGAAAAGUCAUUGAGCGCAGCUGAGACAGAUAUGCAAUGUUAA